AUGGACAUUCCUCGCACCCUAGACCGGCCAUGGACCCCUCCGGAACUCGAAGACAAGGCAGACUACUUCAACAUCUACGGUACCUCUCCUCCACGAUAUCCUAUCGCGACCGAGCAGCGCUGGCUGAAAGAGGCCAAUCGGGUGCCUGACCAACCUGCUUGGGUCACAGAUAGCUUCGGGUUGAACACACCUGCGACAGGACCGCGACCGAAACCCAGCUCAAGACUUACCGAACCAGCGCCAUACACACCUACGCGACCAUACUAUGACGAUUCAUCGCAUUCGCGUACACAAGGCGAACCGCGCUAUCCCUACACUCCUGAUAGCUCACGCAUACUACGUCGAAACAACACCGAACUCCCCGCCUCACCGACACCAUGGGACGACGACUCGGAGACAUCCUCAUCGCCCGUACAGAAUGCGCUCUCAUCCUGCAUCGCGCACUUCGAGAACCUCAUCCAGACACACCACCCCGACGAAGAGCAAAUGGAGUACAUCGUCGGACAAUUCGAAGCCAUGACCGCGCACCUCUCCUCACCCAGCGCCUCCCAAACCGAAGCGACACACGACGACAAGCCCUCCUCCGACUCCAGUCAGGAACUCGCCAUCGUCACACAAGCAGAGGGUGAGCAACACCAACUUGAAGCCAAAACGUUGCACCACGAAGCUUAUGUUUCGCAAGUAGGCAACUACAUCGCGGGCGUGCAAAAGUACAUCUACGACCUCAAGACGCGCAUGGACGAGUUCAAAACACUGAACCGCAUUCAAACCGACAUCAUCAACGAUUUGCGCAAGCAGAUGAGAACUGUCCGCCAAUCCAUGCGCGAGGAGCUGGACAAAAGCUACCAUCAUGACGAUCUUGCGAAAUCUGUCUGGUCGGAUUUCGGCGCAAAGAGCGAGGCGCUACCGGAAGAUGAUGAGGUUCACGAUAACAACGACACGGCGAAAGAGUUCGGGAUGCUAGACAGCUGUAUGACGCUCGUCGAGGAAGAAGACCUAUCCCGAGAGAUUCACGAAGAAUACUCCAAACUACUACGCGAUACCGUCGACACUCUCAUUACCGAAGAGCCGUCAUCGCCCAAGCGGAAGGUUAUCACUAUCAUCCGAUCGCCUCCCCGACGCAGCUUUUGGGGCUCCAUGGGCGAGGCGCUGGAUGCGGUUUCGAAUUUGCUCUUGGAAGAAUGA